AUGUCUCUCAACAUCUGGGAUGUUCCUGUUGUUACUGUGCACGCAUUAUCGAGCGGCCACUUUUCGCUUCCAGAAUACCAAUUCGUACACCCUGUUUCUCGAGAUGCGCGCCGAACCGUUCCUUCACUGGCGUUUCUAGUGCAACAUUACAACCACAGCACAAAGAAGCGGACACGCAUUGUCUUUGAUCUAGGGUUGAGAAGGGAUGUCAAGAGAUAUGCGCCAGCAAUACAAAAGCAUGUUGAGACGAGACAGCCAAUGAGUACCGACCCGGACGUUACCAAGAGUCUUGCGAGAGGUGGAUUAGCACCCAAGGACAUUGACUAUGUGAUCUACUCGCAUGUACAUUGGGAUCAUAUUGGUGAACCUCGAGAUUUCCCCACAUCGACCUUUGUCGUCGGCCAUGGCUCACUUGCAUUGCUACGUGGCACUUCACCGUCUCUGCGCGGUGGUCAUUCCUUUUUUGAACAUGAUCUCUUACCAGAGGAGCGGACGAUUGAACUAUCAGAACCUUCGGCACGCAUGUUGAAAAAGCACGAUUCAUGCAUGGCAGCAGGGGACAUCAACUUCGGAGGCUCCUGGCAGCCACAUGGAAACCUUCCUCAGGUUCUGGAUCUCUUCGGAGAUGGUUCACUUCUUGUCGUCAAUGCACCCGGUCAUCUACCAGGCCAUAUUAAUCUUCUCGCACGAACUUCCCCUGAUCAUCAAAUCUACAUGGGUGGUGAUGCCUGCCACGAUAGACGACUCCUGACUGGCGAAAAAACAAUUGGAGAAUGGAACGAUGCUCACGGACAUGUCUGUUGUAUACACGCCGACAGAAAGCAAGCUGAGAUGACGAUUGAAAGGAUCAGAACUCUAGAAAAAGAGGGCGUGGAAGUCAUCUUUGCACACGACAUCGAGUGGGAAAGCGAUCCGAAGAACAAGACCCGAUUUUUCGGCACGCAGGAAGGCAUGGAUGACUAGCUGCGGAACGCAUAUAUGAC